GAGGGUUGUUUUCUUUGCCUCCCCUGGGUCUAUCUCGUUUCCACACUCUAUCCAUCCCUUUUCCACUCGCUGUGCCAGCUGGAGGCUAUGUCUGCCUCAGGGAUCUUGGACAGAAGGUGAGCUCAGUUAGGUUUUGACAGCGGAACGCGUAGGUACAGUGAAACGGGUAGCAACGGGAUAGCGGGUUUAGUGUAGCACAGAACGGACCACAAAGUACAGAUGAAUUAAAUACGACUACAGACUACUACCAUAUUGUUAAACAGUUUACCUAAAAAUCCUAAGGAAAAGAUAACCAAAUUAAACCGAAAGUUAAAGUUGUGUUUAUGUUUGAUCGUUGAGUUAUUGUUAUAUCGAAAGUUAAACGAGCGUUGUUAAUGAGACAUUGAUACAAAAUCCGAAAAGAAUCGUUACCAAGUUAAACCGAAAGUCCAAAAAACAAAUUCGAAAAUGUCUUUCUCCAAGGCCAAGUUGAAGCGUUUCAACGACGUGGAUGUGGCCAUCUGCGGUUCGCCAGCUGCGUCCAACAGCUCGGCGGGAUCGGCGGGCAGUGCCACGCCCACCGCGUCUUCGGCAGCCGCUGCUCCGCCAACCGUUCAACCGGAACGCAAGGAGCAGAUCGAGAAGUUCUUCAAGGACGCCGUGCGUUUCGCGUCCAGCUCGAAGGAGGCCAAGGAAUUUGCCAUUCCCAAGGAGGACAAAAAGUCAAAGGGAUUACGUCUGUUCCGUACUCCUUCGUUGCCGCAGCGCCUACGCUUCCGUCCGACUCCCAGUCACACGGAUACGGCCACCGGAAGCGGAAGUGGCGCCUCAACAGCGGCAUCCACUCCUCUGCAUUCGGCAGCCACCACGCCCGUAAAGGAGGCCAAGUCAGCCAGCCGUCUGAAGGGCAAGGAGGCACUCCAGUACGAAAUCCGUCACAAAAACGAACUGAUCGAGAGCCAGUUGAGCCAACUGGACGUGCUGCGCCGCCAUGUGGAUCAGUUGAAGGAAGCCGAGGCCAAGUUGCGCGAGGAGCAUGAGUUGGCUACCUCCAAGACAGAUCGGCUCAUCGAAGCCCUGACCAGUGAGAAUUUAUCGCACAAAGCUCUGAACGAGCAGAUGGGCCAGGAGCACGCUGAUCUUUUGGAGCGUUUGGCCGCCAUGGAGCAGCAGUUGCAGCAACAGCACGACGAGCAUGAAAGGCAAGUGGAGGCGUUGGUUGCCGAGAGCGAGGCACUGCGUCUGGCCAACGAGCUGCUGCAGACAGCGAAUGAGGAUCGUCAAAAGGUGGAGGAGCAGCUGCAGGCACAACUCUCUGCUCUUCAGGCGGAUGUGGCUCAGGCCCGCGAGCACUGCAGCCUGGAGCAGGCAAAGACCGCCGAGAACAUUGAGCUGGUAGAGAAUCUCCAGAAGACCAAUGCCUCCCUGCUGGCCGACGUGGUCCAGCUGAAGCAGCAGAUCGAACAGGAUGCCCUGUCCUACGGACAGGAGGCCAAGAGCUGCCAGGCGGAACUGGAGUGUCUGAAGGUGGAGCGCAACACCCUGAAGAAUGACUUGGCCAACAAGUGCACUCUGAUCCGCUCGCUGCAAGACGAGCUUCUCGACAAGAACUGCGAGAUCGAUGCUCACUGCGAUACCAUUCGCCAGCUGUGCCGGGAACAGGCUCGCCACACCGAGCAGCAGCAGGCGGUGGCCAAGGUGCAGCAGCAGGUUGAGAGCGACCUAGAGAGCGCGGUGGAGCGCGAGAAGAGCUACUGGCGCGCCGAGCUGGACAAGCGCCAGAAGCUGGCCGAGAACGAGCUGAUCAAGAUCGAGCUGGAGAAGCAGGACGUGAUGGUGCUGCUGGAGACCACCAAUGAUAUGCUGCGCAUGCGCGACGAGAAGCUGCAGAAAUGCGAAGAGCAGUUGCGCAACGGCAUCGACUACUACAUCCAGCUGAGCGACGCACUGCAGCAGCAGCUGGUGCAGCUGAAGCAGGACAUGGCCAAGACGAUCACCGAGAAGUACAACUACCAGCUGACUUUGACCAACACCCGGGCCACCGUCAACAUUCUGAUGGAGCGUCUAAAGAAGUCCGAUGCGGAUGUGGAGCAGUACCGAGCGGAGCUGGAAUCGGUGCAGUUGGCCAAGGGAGCGCUGGAGCAGAGCUAUCUGGUGUUGCAGGCGGACGCAGAGCAACUGCGCCAGCAAUUGACCGAGAGCCAGGAUGCGCUCAACGCACUGAGAUCCUCCUCCCAGACGCUGCAGAGCGAGGAGCGCAUCGAUGGCGACGCCCAGUUGGCCCACUACCACGAGCUGCGCCGCAAGGACGAGACGCGCGAGGCCUACAUGGUGGACAUGAAGAAGGCGCUCGAUGAAUUCGCCACCGUGCUGCAGUUCGCCCAAUUGGAGCUGGACAACAAGGAGCAGAUGCUUGUUAAGGUGCGCGAGGAGUGCGAACAGCUCAAGCUGGAGAACAUUGCCCUCAAGUCCAAGCAACCGGGAUCCGCCUCUCUGCUGGGAACACCUGGCAAGGCCAACCGCUCCAAUACCACCGAUCUGGAGAAGAUCGAGGAUCUGCUGUGCGACUCGGAGCUGCGAUCCGACUGCGAGAAGAUCACCACGUGGCUGCUCAACUCCUCGGACAAGUGCGUGCGCCAGGAUACCACCAGCGAGAUCAACGAGCUCCUGUCCGCCGGCAAGUCCUCGCCCCGUCCCGCCCCCCGCACACCCAAGGCGCCGCACACCCCGCGCAGUCCGCGCACCCCCCACACCCCACGAACACCACGAUCGGCGGCCAGCACUCCCAAGAAGACUGUCCUGUUCGCCGGCAAGGAGAACGUGCCCAGUCCGCCACAGAAGCAGGUGCUCAAGGCGCGCAACAUCUAGGCUAUUCCUUUGUAACAACUACUCUAUCGUACUAUUAUAAAUUAUAUACCUUAGCUAAGAUCCGAUUCGAAAUAUAAUCAAUACACGUUGCACACAACACAGCCAGAGGUGUUUCUGAAAUCUCUUUCGAGCACUCUCCGACUAAAUUCCAAAUCUGAUUGUUUUCUAUCUUUCGCGUUUGUGUUCUGGAAAUAUGGGACUUACCUAAUCUCAUAAAAAAUAUCAUUUUGAUGCAAUGCAUUUUAAGGCAUGAGAAAUCAAAUAAAAAAUCUGAAAAAGGUGUCUUGGAAAGUGAGACCUUCUUUAAAGCUAUUUAAAUUAAAUAGACUCAUCUUUGAAUGUAACGAAAAUAAUGAGAAUGCAUCAAUUAUUUUUUCCAUUUAUU